CUAUGUUUGUCCUAUUACUUUGCCGUAGUGACGUUUUGGAUUGAUGGAGUUGGUCAUCUGACCUCUUUUUGCUCUGGCCGUAAAGUUUUAAAAGUAAAUAACUACUUUGUCUGAAUCUUGUUAAAGCAAAAUCGAUAUUUUUCUUUCGCUAUCUAGGUUUGCGGUAUACUUCUUAAAUCACGAAAGCUCUAGAUCAGCCGUAAACCGGUCACGUAGUGGAGCUUAAAAUAUAAUUAUACUGCAUUACUGCGUCUGCUAACAGACUUGAUGGUUAAACGGUAGCUGAGUUACCGGCAAAUCGUGUAGUCUCUAGUUAGCUAGUUGGCAAGUUAAUCGUGUAACUGGCUAACUGUUAAACUAGUAACAAGUAGUUAGCUAGUAGCUAACGCUAACUAGUUUUGGCGAACUUUACUUAUUGCCUAAGUAGAAUCUGUCUGCUGUUCUAUUAGUCCAGGCUAGCUAGGGAGUGAUAUGUCUUUGCCAUAUUACGAGCACCUUAAAUCUAAUAGUACGUAGCGUAGCUAGGCUACGUUAUGUUUAUGGAAAGGGUUUAAUUGCCUUUAUGAACUCUGAAAAUCAGCAGCAGCAAGCAGGUAGCUACUCCGACACAUCAAUAUGUGCCGCAUACGGUACUGUAUCAGUCACUGCCUGCAUGCAGCUAUGGCCCGAGUGGAGGUCGUUAACGAAGAGAUCAACAUGUGGUCUUCUGUCAGAUGUCUGGGUUACCUGGCUGGUCUGAACCUGUUAGUGGCUCUCUGUCUGGGGCUCUAUGUUCGAUGGGAGAAGUAUGGAGAUCCUGUGAUCCUCAUCAUCUCGGUUCUGGCCCUGUUCGUCCUUGGAAUAGCAAGCAUACUUUAUUACUACUUCAGCAUGAAAACAGUUGGCUUGAGCCUCCACCUGUGUUAUGGCUUCUUGCUCUGGCAACUGUGCUUCCUCAACAGUCCUGCUUUGGAGAAUGACGUCAAGGAGAAAGCUACCAAUUACCUACUACUGGCCAGUGUUGUCAUGAGGACACUGUGGGCUCUGCUGGAGAGGAUGUGUGGCUGUGCCAGGUACCGCCCUGCCUGCCUCACCUCUGCAGAAACCCUGGAGCUGGCAGGCUUUGCCUUUGCGAGUACCAUCUUCCAAGCAUCCAUGAGUGUGGUAUUGCUGGUUGUGGCGCUGGCUAUAUUAAUAGUGGCCCUGCGCAUGAAGGCUGUCCUGGCCCUGCUCAACCUGGUCUGCUUUUCUGUCAUCUCUGUGGUGUUCUUCAAAGCAUUGGGCCUGACCACCAGCCCCUUUGCGCUGGCUUGUUUCUUCAGCCAGCUCAUCUGCGACCCUCUUCUGGACAUGUACUUCAGUGGGCUGUCGGUGACUGAGCGCUGGCGGCCCUACCUGGACUGGAGAGGCCUGUGGCGCAGGCUGGCCCUAUUGCCUCUGCUACUGGUGGAGGUGGCCUUCUUGGUCUGGGCAGCCCUGAAGCUGCUGCACCAGGACCAGUGGUAUCUGAUGGUCCCAGGCUUUGUGCUCUGUGGGUUGUUUUGGGUCAUCUGUCACGUGGUCUUCAUCAUCACUCUGUGGGCCUUCCAAACUAAGCUGAGUGACUGCCAGAGGGUGUGUCUGGCCCACGGGGCCACAACCAGCAGCCUGGACAAGGUCAUGGCGUCUAAAGGGGUCAGACACUUCUGUCUUAUCUCUAAAAGCCUGGCACUCUUCAGUCUGGUUUCCACCAUCAUCCUGGCCGCUUUGUCAUGGCAGUCCUCCUGCAGUAACUUCCUUAGCUUAUUCCUGAUGGUCCUGACUCUGGAGUCUCUGUUCCAUGGCCUGUUCCAUGAGCUGGGUAACUGCCUGGGUGGGACAUGUGUGGGGUAUGCAGUGGUCAUCCCCACCAACUACUGCAGUCCCGGCGGGCAGCCCACCUUGUUACCUCCGGACCAGGUCGACCUGCUGAACGCGCGCUCCACGGGCAUGUUGAACGGCAUACAGCGCUUCUUCUCCCACCACAUGAUCGAGACGUUCGGCUGCGACUACUCUACCAGCGGGGUGACUCUGGAGUCCCUGCAGCUGAAGCUCAAGGCCUUCAUGGAGCUCUGCACGGCCGACGGGCCUCGCCACGACACAUAUGUGGUGUUCUACAGCGGGCAUACCCAUCGUAGCGGGGAGUGGGCCCUGGCAGGGGGGGACACCCUCCAUCUGGACAAGAUCCUGGAGUGGUGGAGGGAGAAGAACGACUACUACUGCUCACGCCUCAUCCUGGUUCUGGACACGGAGAACUCCCUGCCCUGGGUGAAGGAGGUGAGGAAGGUGGAGGGUCAGUUUGUGGCGGUGCAGGGGGCCCAGUUAGGCCGCGCAACCGAUGUGGAACUCCAGGACGCCCCCCGGCUAGGGGACUUUACCUCGCAGUGGGUGGAGUAUAACUGCAACCCAAACAGCGCAACCCAGUGGUCGGAGAGGGGAAGGACGGUCACGGCUGCCUAUGGCGUAUCCAGGCACUGGAGUGACUACAUGCUGCACCUACCCACCGGAACAGAUGUCACAAAACACUGGAGGGCGUACUUCCCCAGGAUGACCCAGUGGGUCCAGUUAGCGCUCUGGUGCAGCGGGCUGAAUCUAUUCUGGCUCUGCAGCUCUUGCCUACGGUGCCUCAAGAGAGUCAAACUUAACUGGUUUCCCCCAGCCAUACUCGAUACUGGCCAUGGUUUCAAACUUGUCAGGUCUUAGCACCUAGGAAUGAUAUGGACGAAAGCCUCUUAAUUUUUGACAUUUUUUUCAUAGUUUGGAAAUUUUUUCUAAAUAUAUUUUUUUUUUUUGUAGGUGAUAGGUUGAUUUAAUGGUUGUGAUAUUUAUCUGAAUUUUUUGGCAGCUUCUGAUUGUGAAAACUUGCUGACUGACCAGAACGUUACAGAUAGUGUAUGUGUAAACUGUUUUGCUUAUAAGUGCUAAAGUUCAAAGUUACUGACUUUAAUUUACUGCAAUUUUGAUGUGAUACAGAAUGUUUAUAUUGAAGUCUCGGUGGUUGGAUAGUCAGUCAUUCUAUGCAUUGGUGGUGGUUAUUUCAUUUGAUUGACUGUGUUUUAUCUUUUGUUUGGUUCAUUUAGGUGGUGGUUCUGUUCUCUGAACUGAAAAUUCUAAUAUUCCACCUUUUUUUGGAGGUUCCUCAAAUUCAAUCUGAGUGUCAUAAGAAUAUAUACCCAGUGCUGGAGCUUUCUCCAAAAAUGUGGCCUUACUACUGUUUUCUGAAGUCGUUUCAUAUUGCCACCCUCCCAGAUUGAAUUGCCAUCACCAGAUAUUGCAGUGGUCACACUGAUUGCACCGUUCAGACAUUUAAAUUGUGCCUGUUGAUUUUGACCAAUACUUAAUGCAUACCUCCAACUCCUUAACUCUGAUCAUAUAUUGUGCAAAAGGCAUUUGUCCUGUUCCAAUAUGCAUGAAGCUCAGGUCACUCCAAUAUUCCACUAACCAUUUAGUUUAUUUUUCCCAGUGUGUAAUGUGUGGAUUUUGUAUUUGUAUCCAAUUGUUUCCAAACUGCAAACAACAAUACCUAUUUGCUAUUCAACAUGAAAUGCACUAUUUUAUGUCCAAGAGUUGGUGUCACUGCUGUCCCACUGCCACUAAUAUAUCUUCAGUAUAAUACUUUCUACUGCUUUUGUGACUAUCAUAAUUACUGCAGGGAGUCAAUUGGUUGUUAUUGUACAUAAACAGAUUGCACUACCUGGAGGAAUUGAGUGAAGAACAUAUAGACCAAGAUAACAUGUGAUCUUGUAUUUAAUAUACGGUUUUGUCUCAUACAGUUAUUCAGAUAUGCAAGCUUGGCGUAAUCUACAGUACGUAAAUGGCAAUAUUGUAAUGCUAAGCAUUUUAAGUCUCAACUAUGCAAUAAAAUUUUGAUUUCA